AUGUUUUGGUUCCACCUCAAUUCACCCUCAGGGACUAACCGUAACUCUAGACGCUCUGCCUUGACUGACUAUCUUGCUUCAAAUAAUAUCUCAGCCCAACAAAUUCGGGAUGAUUGGGACCGCCGGCAAGCCGAGGCACAGCGCCAGCCUGACCAAGCACAGCAAGAAUCAUCCAAUGCAGCUGAAGAAUCUAGGUCUCCAUCAGUCUUGGAGUCACCAGAGGACCCGAUCAAAAAGCGCAAGCGCGAGCAAGCCAUUGCAAGGAUCAAAAAUUCUAAGGAGUUUGCUAAACGAAAGGCUCGCCUUACUGGUGAUUGCGAUGAUGAUGACAACGACGAUGACUUCCUUGCGCUGCAGAUCCACGAAGCAAAGAACCGACCAAAGCCAGGUCAGCUUGCAAACUGUGAGAUCUGUGACAAGCGUUUCACCGUGACUCCCUACAGCAAGGCUGGUUCAAAUGGAGGCUUGCUUUGCGUUGAUUGCUCUAAGAAGCAAAAGGCCGAUGAGAAAAAGCCCCCGCAAAGAAGCGUGCCCCUGGAAUUGGACGACAAAGUGGCAGAUUAUAUCCAUGAUAUUGAGGACUUCGGUGAUCUACCUCCGUCAUUACUGUUACGUCUCGGUCAGAUCUUGUCUAGAAGGCGGGCCGUGACCUCACGGACCUUAGAUCUGUUCUUACGACCUCAAUACACAUCCAUCGACCUGUUUGAUUGCGCUAAACUCGAUACGGAUGAUUACCACAGGAUCCUGGCUUCCAUGCCUCGUCUUACGAGGGUCAACCUUCGGUUCACCACUCCAAUGAAGGACCAGAUCUUCCAUUAUAUGAUAGAGCGCGAUAUGCAGAUUAAAGAUCUCCAUCUGGAUGGGCCAAACCUUGUGACCGAUGCCUGUUGGCGCCAACUUUUCAUGAAACUUGGUCAUCGUUUUCUGAGCUUGAAACUGUGGAACCUGGAUGAUGCCUUUGACAACGAAACCGCUCGACUGAUGUGUCUUCAUUGUCCCAACCUUCGGCGACUGAAACUGAAAUUUUUACACAAAGUCGACAAUGAGAUGCUUGAGGGAAUUUCGACGCUUAAGUCGCUUCAGCAUCUGUCGCUGCGUUUUCUGCACGAGACCGAGACUAAGACUGAGCUUCUGCUUGAAAUCAUGGGAAGCAUUGGUCAUCAGCUGGAAACUAUCUCUUUGGAGGAAUUCGAGUCGGCUGAUGACCGACUCCUACAGCAUAUCCAUGAGCAUUGCUGCCAUCUGACCAAGCUUCGUCUUACCCUGAACUCGACCUUCACUGAUAAAGGGUUAGCUGCGUUCUUCACAGACUGGUCUAACCCGGCCCUUACCUAUGUCGACUUGAACUCCCUCCGGGAUGUGGACAUGACGAAUCCUACUGGCCCAGAGGAGCCUAUUGGGCUUGCGUCCGACAGUUUCAUUGCGCUUAUGGAACAUUCGGGCUCGAAGAUUCAACACUUGAACAUCGCAUCGUGCCGUCAUGUUUCAUACAAAGCCUUCGAACAGGUUUUUGCAGAAGGCAAGAUCUAUCCCAACCUCAAAUAUCUUGACAUUUCUUUUAGCACUGUCAUGGAUGACUACCUUACGCAGUGCAUCUUCCGGUGCUGUCCGGCCCUCCAAAGAUUGGUUGUCUUUGCUUGUUUCAAGAUUCGCGACGUCCAUAUCCCCAGGGGACUUGCUCUGAUCGGCACCGUGGGAGCGAGUAUCAAAAUCGACGGAAUCACCCAGACCGAGACAAUUUAA